GUAAAACGCCAGAAGAAGAAACAAGAGCCAAAUGGCACGUUAGGUCAUUUUUUUUGUCGCUGAAUAAUUUGGGCUUUUAAAAGUUUAAACCGACUGUGAUGAUGCUGGAGAGAACCAAGACGACAGUGGUCGCGGACAUUAUUUUUACUCAGAGUCAAACACCUGAGAAGAAGGACGCUGUUCUCUGUCGGUGCUCCAGGGCCUUCGUAGAGGAUAGAGAGCUGUACUGCUCUGACAACAGACUGCUUUCCUCUGGCAUAGAAGACACUGAAGUGCAAGCUACUGAACAUUAUGAAUCUAAAAAAGAGGAAGAGGAACAAGUCUUGGAUGAAGAGUCUCAGCUGAUGACUAUGAUGGGUCUGCCUUUAGCAUUUGCCAGCUCCUCUGAACAGAUGGUGCAAAAAAGAAGAAGGCCAUACAGAAAGCCCGUCACAUGCGUGGAAGAUAAAGAGGCUGACAAAGAUUUACCACAGGUUUACAAAACUUGUUUGGGUGAACACCAUGAUGUUUCUGAAGAUGAAUGCCAGAACGAACUGCAGCAAGUAGUGGAUGUUGACGAAGAGAUUCAUGACACCUGUUGGGAAUCCUAUUGGGCUCAGAAUGGGCAGGAUUUGCUGUGGAGCUCCUGGCUAGAGAAGCAUCCAGACACCAGUUUACCAUCUGCAGAUGAUGUUGGAACUGUCGCUGCUCCUUGGGAUAAUCCAGAUACGAAGGCUCUCUGGGACAAACUGGCUACGGAGACUUACUACUCGUAUUGGGAGCGAUUUUCAUAUUGGACAGCAUUAGGCUGGACUACUGAUCCUCGAAUGUGUAACUGGAGCACUGGUGAAGAUGUGCAGACAGACACUCAGACAAAGUCAAACAAACAGACAAAAGGGAAAACUGGAGUUGGGAACCAAGAAAGAAAAAGCAAAGUUGAUGUUAUGAGUUUUCUGUUCAGAGAAACGUGCACAAUACAGGAAAGCGGGAGCUGUGCGACUGACUUAGAGGCAAACAGAUACUUUGUUUGCAGCUCUGAUGUUAGAAAGCAGUCAGAUGAGGAAUGUCGUUGCUGUGAGGAUCCUUCAGACGGUGGGAAUGAUCAGAAGGAACCUGCUGGCACAUCUAAAGAGAACAGUCCUAAACAAACAGAUUCAAUGCAACUCACCAUCCUACCUGACAGAAUCUUCAGCUCAAACAGCAAAAUGUCAGAGAGAAGAGAAGAAGAUGAUGAUGAUGGUGAUAAGCACCCAAGAAGGUUUACGAAAAUUAAACGCAGUCAUGAGCUGGAUGUGGAGGAGUGUCCACAUCUUACACCUGAGGAAGUCUGGUCUGAACUAGGACUUAAACACAAAUUGCAGCCCCAGUUUGGCACUGUAAUAAGGUAUGAAGAUAUUAAUAGUCCAAAGCCUCAGAGGACAAGCAAGGUAUUCAGCAGUAUCAACAAACACAUCAGAUUCUCCGAGAUGGAUGCAGACAACACAAAUCCCAUUAGCCCUUCCCUGUACAAGGCUCAAAAGUUUCUUCAAAACAUGCGAAGGGAAGCACAAAUGAAGAUGAUUAAGAGAAAAAGUGUUGGGCCUGUGGAAGAAGAGGGAUACGAUUACGAAUCCACUUCAGAAACUAAAGUUAUGGAGAACAGUGCUUGCAACACUUCCUCCAACUUCACUAAAAGGUCUGUGGAAGUGCCAACAGAGGAGGAUCAUCCUGGAGGAUCACUAACAUUUCAAGAAAAAGUGGACUUCAUUCCAUUGAACACACUUGAAGGGCAGAAAGCUAAACAUGUGAUGAAGCCAAAUAAGAACCGUAAAAGAAGAAAGAAGCAGCAGGUCCCAGCAGAGAUGGCAGGUGAUAGUGAACUUGCUAAAUACUGGGCUCAACGCUACAGACUGUUUUCCCUCUUUGAUGACGGGAUUAGGCUGGAUCGAGAGGGGUGGUUCUCUGUGACACCAGAGAAGAUUGCUGAGCACAUUGCCCUCAAGGUUGAACAGAGCUUUUCUGACUCUCAUCUGGUGAUCGAUGCCUUCUGCGGUGUGGGAGGAAAUGCCAUCCAGUUUGCACUCACUGGAAAGAGAGUCUUGGCCAUUGAUAUAGAUGCAGAUCGGCUGGACAUGGCUCGACACAAUGCUGUUGUCUACAAUAUUGUUGACCGAAUUGACUUCCUGCAAGGAGACUUCCUUCAGCUGGCACCUACUCUGCGUGGUGAUGUGGUCUUCCUGUCCCCACCAUGGGGCGGACCGGACUAUUUGAAUGCGGAUGUAUUUGACAUUAGGACCAUGAUGGAACCUGAUGGCUUCAAGAUCUUCAGCCAAGCAAAACAGAUAACAGAAAAUAUUGUGUAUUUCCUGCCCCGCAAUGCAGAUGUGAAUCAGGUUGCCUCUUUGGCCGGUCUAGGAGGGAAAGUUGAAGUGGAGCAGAACUUCCUAAACAACAAGUUGAAGACUGUAACUGCGUACUUUGGUGACCUGAUAAAGCCUGAUGCCUAGCAGAGGCAUGGACCACUUAGGAUUUUUUUUAUUUCAUAUUUUCGUGGAUUUUCUCCUUAGGAGUCCAAGCAAGUCAAGUGAAACAAAGUUUUAUAUCUGUGUGUCUUAGCCUUUUUUGUACUUAUAAACCCAUUUAAAGUUUUAUACAAAGAUAAUUCCAGAAAGAAAUUCUUUCCUUGAUUCCAUUUGGUUGAUCAUAACAUUCCAGGGUUUUCUGUUUUCUUGUCAGAGUUGGAAAAAAGUUUAAUUGAGGACAAACAAUAAAAAAAAAACAGUAUGUGGAGCACUGCUGCGCAUCUUCACUGCUUGUGCAUUUAAAAAGGUUUUAUAGGUUGUAGUCUUUGAAUGUUCUGUUUAAUUGUGUUAAGGUGGUCUGUGUUGUCGCAGACGUUUCAGUAAUAAAAUAUACGUGAGCAUGUUUGA